AUGCUAGUACCUCCGCCGAAUUUCGGCAUGGUUGAGGAAAGCUUGUAUCGCUCGGGACAGCCUGACCAAUUGAAUUUUCCCUUUCUCGAAAAGCUUGGACUGAAAAGUGUGAUCUGGCUCGCUCCGGAAGAGCCUGAAGUGGGCUUCAUUUCUGUCAUGACCAGAACAUUGAGAUGCAUCACCUAG